CCAAAUUCUCUCUUUCACCUCCUUUUUAUUCACUGAAAAUACGCGCCUUUUGAAUCAGCAGGUUUUCGGCUCAGAAGUUUCUCCCUAUCUUCUUUGCAACUCCUUAUCUGUUACCAGUACUAGUAGCAUUUUCUUUCACAUUCUCUUCCUUCUACCUCAAUGGACGGAGCACAGUGCAAUCCUCGAACAGUGGAAGAGGUUUUCCGGGAUCUCAAAGGCCGGAGGGCCGGCCUUAUUAAAGCUCUUACCACGGAUGUCGAAGAGUUUUAUCAGCAGUGCGACCCGGACAAGGAGAAUUUGUGUUUGUAUGGUCUCCCAAGUGAGCAAUGGGAGGUUAAUCUACCUGCUGAAGAGGUCCCCCCAGAGCUUCCAGAGCCUGCUUUAGGUAUCAACUUUGCUAGAGAUGGGAUGCAGGAGAAGGAUUGGUUAGCCCUAGUUGCUGUCCACAGUGAUGCUUGGUUGCUCUCUGUUGCAUUCUAUUUUGGAGCGAGAUUUGGAUUCGAUAAAUCAGACAGGAAGCGCCUUUUCAAUAUGAUAAAUGAUCUCCCAACUGUAUUUGAAGUUGUAACUGGUACUCCAAAUAAGCAACAUAGGGAGAAAUCUUCAAUCUCGAAUCCCAACAGCAACAAGUCCAAGUCGAGUUCCAAGGUGAGGGUAUCGGAAUCCCAGGUGAAAAAACCGGAGCCAAAAGAUGAGGAUGAGGCAGGGGAGGAAGAGGAAGAUGAAGACGAGCAUGGAGAGACCUUGUGUGGAGCGUGUGGGGAGAAUUAUGCAUCGGAUGAGUUUUGGAUCUGUUGCGACAUUUGUGAAAAAUGGUUCCAUGGAAAGUGCGUGAAGAUCACACCAGCUAGGGCAGAGCAUAUCAAGCAUUACAAGUGCCCAUCAUGCACCAACAACAAGAGACUACGCCCUUGAUGAGACUGACUCAACUGCUCACAAUCAUCGCAGCUGUUGAAGUGAAAUUGGAGAAACCCCUGUCGACAAUAAUGAAGAUGCAGUCUUCGAAAUAUCUCCAGGCUGGUGAAAUGAUUUUUUGAUGUUUGUUGGUUGGGAAACUUCUCAUUGACACAAGUUUUUCCAAGUCUAUUAGAUAUUUGCAAUGGUGGUAACUGGAUUUAUGAAUAAAGUUUCAUUUAUCAUCUUCCAAAUUGUGUAUAUCGUGAUUGCCAGUGGGACUUUACUUGUUAAUGUUUCGAAAGAGUGUGUGAUCCAACUUUUAAAAUCCAGUUCCGGAGAAAAGUAGACGUUUCAUGACAAAUCGAUCAAGAUCGCUUGAGCAAAAGGGUAGUGGAGGAAUGUUUGUGACACUGUUUCUUGUUCUUUCGCAUGAGGGGCAAGUUCUUUUAUUGUUGAUGAAAAAUUUGUUGCAAGGGGAAUGCG